CCGCCGAGGGAGGCCCCGCGCCGGCCCGGUUCCGCCAUGAAGUUUCGGGCCAAGAUCGUGGACGCGGCCUGUCUGAACCACUUCACGCACCUCCCUUCACAGCCCGGCCCGUGGGUCCCUCCGCCCCCUGUGCCCAGCUCCGCGCUGACCCCUCCAGCGCCCGGGUGUGUGUGGAAGGAAGGAAUGCGCCCACUAGGCGCCAGCUAACCUCCUUAUUCCAACACUGGCGUGUGACGCCGACCUGGCGGGGUUGCUGAGAGGCUGGCGUGACCUCAGCGGAAUUGCAGGCUACCCCGAGUCAGCACCAUGAUAGCCAAGCUUGCCAAAACCUGCACUCUGCGCAUCAGCCCCGACAAGCUGAACUUCGUGCUCUCUGACAAGGUGGCCAGCGGCGGGGUGAGCAUGUGGUGUGAGCUGGAACAGGCGAACUUCUUCAGCGAAUUUCAGAUGGAAGGCGUCUCCGCGGAAAACAACGAGAUUUACCUAGAGCUAACGUCGGAAAAUCUGUCUCGAGCCUUGAAGACUGCCCAGAAUGCCAGAGCCCUGAAAGUCAAGCUGACCAACAAGCACUUCCCCUGCCUCACGGUUUCCAUCGAGCUGUUAUCUGUGUCGAGCAGUAGUCGCGUGGUGACACACGACAUCCCCGUGAAGGUUAUUCCGAGAAGGCUGUGGAGGGACCUGCAGGAACCCACCGUCCCAGCCGCGGACGUUAGUAUUUAUUUACCGGUCUUGAAGACCAUGAAGAGCGUUGUGGAAAAGAUGAAAAACAUUAGCAACCACCUGAUUAUUGAAGCAAACCUAAAUGGAGAAUUGAACUUGAGAAUAGAAACCGAACUAGUGUCUGUCACAACCCACUUUAAAGAUCUAGGAAAUCCGCCACCAGCCUCUGGACACGCCUCUCAAGACCACGACCCAGAACGGAUGACUGAAGUGCAUGUUGAUGUCCGGAAGCUGCUGCAGUUCCUCGCCGGGCAGCAGGGGAACCCCGCCAAGGCCACGUGCAAUAUUGUGAGCAACAAGAUGGUGCACUUCGACUUGCUCCAUGAGGACGUCUCCCUGCAGUAUUUCAUCCCCGCACUGUCUUAGCCCCAGCUGACCGGGCCUGGGCUCAGGGACCCUGCUCGGGAGCCGGAGAGGCCACCGGGGGACGCACCGCAAGCCGUCUGGCCCGGUGCUCACAGCGGCGGGACCCUGUGGGCUUCACUGAAUCUCCCCUCGUGUAAUAUAUUGCCUAGAACUGAGUUAAUGAAGCGCAGUUGUAUAAACAUAUUUCUUCUUAUUA